AUGUUGCGCAGAGUCGCGGUGACAACCCCGCAGCGAUUGGCUAGAGCGCCACACUAUCAACAGCUCCCCAAGAUCCAACAUUCCAAUUUCACACUGUCAACUAGAAGGCAGACUCCUAUGAAGCUACUUGAGCAUCCGAUAUCGACUGCUCUGCCCUCCGACUCCUUCCAGCUACUCCCCGAAUCACAAAAAGCAGGCGAGGCCGAAGAUGCGCUUUACGAGCAGCAGGUGAAAGAUGUUGAACGUUGGUGGGCGAGCCCGAGGUAUGAGGGAAUCAAGAGGCCCUAUUCAGCGGCGGAUGUGGCGUCGAAGCGGGGGAGUCAGAUGCAAUCAUAUCCAAGUUCGGUGAUGGCAAGAAAACUGUUCAAUCUGAUCAAGGAGAGGGAAGCCAAGGGAGAGCCAAUACACACAAUGGGAGCAAUUGAUCCUGUACAAAUGACACAACAGGCCCAAAAUCAAGAAGUCUUGUAUAUCUCUGGCUGGGCGUGCUCGUCGGUGCUUACAUCCACAAACGAAGUGUCCCCAGACUUUGGCGACUACCCCUACAAUACCGUUCCGAACCAAGUCCAGAGACUUGCGAAAGCGCAAUCGAUGCAUGACAGAAAACAAUGGGAUGCCCGGAGGAAGUUAAGCUCGGCAGAGCGAACGAAGACACCAUACAUCGAUUAUCUGCGGCCGAUUAUCGCGGAUGGUGAUACUGGACAUGGUGGACUUUCAGCAGUCCUGAAGCUUGCGAAGCUUUUCGCCGAGAACGGUGCUGCUGCUGUUCACUUUGAGGAUCAGAUGCACGGGGGAAAGAAGUGCGGACACCUUGCUGGCAAGGUAUUGGUGCCCGUUGGAGAGCACAUCAACCGCCUCGUGGCUGCGAGAUUCCAAUGGGAUGUGAUGGGCUCGGAGAACCUCGUUAUUGCGAGGACGGACUCUGAAAGCGGCAAGCUUCUUAGCAGUGCCAUCGAUGUCCGAGAUCAUGAGUUCAUCCUCGGAGUAACGCAGGAAGGCAUUGAACCUCUGGCCGAGACCAUCCAAGCAAUGGAGCUGUCUGGUGCUACUGGUGCCGAGAUCGACAUAUUCGAAGCGGAUUGGGUAAAGAACACCAAACUAAUGACUUGCGACGAGGCUAUCAUCAAACAAUUAACAGAAAACGGGGUUCCACAAUCAGACAUUGAUAAAUACAUCAAGGCUACAACAGAAAACAGAGACAUGUCGAUAAACAAGAGGAAGCAGCUCGGAUCGCAAUUCACCGAUAAGCCGAUCCAGUUCAAUAUCGAUAUUCCACGAACAAGAGAAGGAUUUUAUCAUUACCGCGCUGGAAUGAAAGCCGCGACAAAGCGAGCUAUUGAAUAUGCACCGUUUGCCGACCUGCUCUGGGUCGAGACUGGAGACCCGAAUGUCCAAAAUGCGGCUCAGUUCUCUGGCGAGAUCCGAGCGAAGUAUCCCGGGAAGGGACUGGUGUAUAACCUCUCUCCCUCGUUCAACUGGAUGAGCCAUGGAUUCAACAAUGAGACGCUGAAGUCCUUCAUCUGGGAUAUAGCUAAACAUGGAUUUGUCCUGCAACUGAUUUCUCUUGCUGGAUUGCACAGCACAGCAACGAUCUCGAACGAAUUGAGCAAGGCAUUCAAGGAGGAGGGCAUGUUGGCUUAUGUUAAUUUGGUCCAGAGGAGGGAGAAGGAGUUGGGUGUCGAUGUUUUGACACAUCAAAAAUGGAGCGGAGCGGCGUAUAUUGAUGGGAUCCUUGGAGCUAUCCAGAGCGGAAGCAGUAGCAGUAAGAGUAUGGGAGAAGGCAGUACCGAGGGCCAGUUUUAG